AUAUUGAUAGUUAGCCGACUUUACGGCCUCUUUCAAUCGGACGGGAGACGAAAUGUCCCACCGUAAGUUUUCGGCUCCGAGACACGGAUCCCUGGGCUUCCUGCCCCGCAAAAGAAGCCGCCGCCACCGCGGUAAGGCCAAGAGCUUCCCCAAGGAUGACCCCAGCAAGCCUGUGCACCUGACCGCCUUCCUCGGCUACAAGGCCGGCAUGACCCACAUUGUCCGUGAGGUGGACAGACCUGGCUCAAAGGUCAACAAGAAGGAAGUGGUCGAAGCAGUCACCAUCCUUGAGACCCCUCCCAUGAUCGUGGUCGGCGUUGUGGGCUAUGUUAACACCCCCCGUGGUCUGCGUUCCUUCAAAACCAUCUUCGCCGAGCACAUGAGUGACGAGUGCAAGCGUCGCUUCUACAGGAACUGGUACAAGUCCAAGAAGAAGGCCUUCACUAAGUACUGCAAGAAAUGGCAGGAUGAGGAGGGCAAGAAGCAGCUGGAGAAAGACUUUGCUGCCAUGAAGAAAUACUGCCAGGUCAUCAGAGUCAUCGCCCACACACAGAUGCGCCUCUUGCCUCUGAGGCAGAAGAAGUCCCACCUGAUGGAGGUGCAGCUGAACGGCGGCACCAUCUCUGAUAAGGUGGACUGGGCUCGUGAGAAGCUGGAGCAGGCCAUCCCUGUUAACACCGUCUUCACCCAGGAUGAGAUGAUCGAUGUGAUCGGUGUUACAAAGGGUCACGGAUACAAGGGUGUUACCAGCCGCUGGCACACAAAGAAGCUUCCCCGCAAAACCCAUCGUGGUCUGCGUAAGGUGGCCUGCAUCGGUGCCUGGCAUCCAGCCCGUGUAGCCUUCUCUGUUGCUCGUGCCGGUCAGAAAGGCUACCACCACCGCACAGAGAUCAACAAGAAGAUCUACAAGAUCGGUCAGGGCUACCACACCAAAGACGGCAAAUUGGUCAAGAAUAACGCUUCUACAGAGUACGAUCUGACCAACAAGAGCAUCAACCCCCUGGGUGGGUUUGUUCAUUAUGGAGAGGUGACCAAUGACUUCGUCAUGGUGAAGGGGUGCGUUGUGGGAACCAAGAAGAGGGUGCUGACUCUGCGCAAGUCCCUGCUGGUGCAGACCAGUCGCCGUGCUCUGGAGAAGAUUGACCUGAAGUUCAUCGACACUACCUCCAAAUUUGGUCAUGGCCGCUUCCAGACCGUGGAGGAGAAGAAGAACUUUAUGGGACCACUCAAGAAGGACCGCAUCACCAAGGAGGAGACUGUUUAAAGGCCCUGACUACAGAGGAUGCCUUUGCUCUGACUGUAAACAUCUUUCUGCAGAGUUUAAUAAAAAAGGAAAAAA